AUGGCUGCCAUCAAGGCAGAGCGGAAGCUAUGCUUGCACCCAGCUAGGCCACGGAGGCAUAUCCUGAAAGGAGCAUGCAGAAAGUUGCUUUGUUCCGAUGCGCGUUGGUGCAGAGACGAGAAGAUCCCACUUUGCAAGGCUGCUAAGAUGUAUCGCGUGCACGGGGGGGAUGGCCAUGUUGUCACCUCUCAGCGUCAUUCCAAGGUACGGCAGCUGCCGACGCCGCUGCGUGCAUCGGUACUGAAGGUAGGCGCACUACAAGUCCCAAAGAAGCAGGAUACGUCAAACGUGGUGCAGGUCGCCAGGGGCCUGAUUUCGUUGACCUCAAGAAGCUGCCCCACAGUUGCGGGUUUAAACGCGCAGGUCAUGAAAGAAACGGACGAGCUUUUGCAUCAGAAGGUGAGCAGUGGUGAGGCUCCUGGCGUUAUCAGUGUCGUGCUGAGGCAUGGUGUGCUUGCGCACAUGGACUCAUACGGCUAUGCUGACCUGGAACGUCAGGUUCCUAUGCGCCCUGAUACCAUUGUUCGACUGUACUCGAUGACCAAGUGCAUUGUUUCAGUGGCGCUCGGUAUCUGCCUAGAGGAGGGGCUGGUGCAACUGGAUGAUCCGGUGUACAAGUUUGUUCCCGAAUUUGCUGAAGUCCAAGUCAAGUCGGAGGAUGGGAACGUCAUGCCAGCCAACAAGCCCGUCACGGUUUUGCAGCUGCUAACGCACACGUCUGGGAUCGGCUACGGUCCUAUGCUGGGCGAUGAGCCUGAAUGUGAAGCGGAGGAGCGAUUCCUCGCGCUCAUUCAGCGAGCUAGCCUGGGCAGAACCUCCCCGAAUGAUGUCCGAGCCGUCCGAAGCCUGGAACACUGGUGCCAAGAGUUGGCCAAAAUUCCCCUGCAGCAUCAACCUGGCGCUCAGUGGCUCUACUCCUAUAGCCAUGAUGUGGUGGGACGAAUUAUCGAGGUUGCUACAGGAAGAAACCUCGAUGCCUUUCUUGCAGAGCGCAUCACGCAGCCCCUGGGAAUGGUAGACACAGGCUUUGAAAUCCCUCGCAGCAAGUGGCAUCGCACAGCUGCAAUGUACCGUUUCCAUGAGGAUGGGGAGUUCAAGCAAAGGCUUGUGCGGAUUGAUGCGCCGAGUGUGGAAGCCAAUGAGUGGAUUGUCGGCAACGCAAGCCCAAUCCUGUCAGGUGGGGGCAGUGUCGACUCAAUGACUGGGGGCAUGGUCAGUACCGCAGCUGACUACGCGCGCUUCUGCCUCAUGCUGCUGCGGAAGGGGGAGCUGGACGGCACCCGCAUUCUGACGUCCGAGACUGUGGAUCUGCUCUGCUCAAAUCAGCUGCCGACAGCUUCAGGCCGCGAAGACACCUGGGCUUUCGGAACCCCAGGGGUUGGUUUCGGGCCUGUUGGGUCGGUCUCGGUCAAGCACCCGGCCCUGGAGGAGGCAUUGCGGCCUGGCGAGUAUGGCUGGGGUGGAAUGGCGGGCACAGCCUGGACAAAUGACCCGGAUGAGGACAUGGUGCUUCUGAGCUUCUCCCUGGUAGCUUUCGACCUGUCCACGGAGGAGGUCCUGCGAGCUGGGGUGCGCAAAGCCAUCGCAGCUUUCAAGCAG